CCGUCUUGUUGCUUCUUUUCAUACAAAGCUAGUCAGUUUAUAAGAUUUCUUCCAUUCAAAGCGAUGUCAAACCAAUAAAAAUUAAUAUGCUAAAAUGCAAAAUUGGAAAAAUUGAAUAUGAAUAUUUGGUGACGCCCUGCUUUAGCAUGUUUGGCAAAUCUUUGAUGUUUGCUUGUGCGAAAAUUCAGUUUUAGUUGAAUUUUGGAACUGAAGUGUGCAUCAACAUGACAGCGGCUAGAUUGAUUCUUUUCUAUGCUGUGGUGGCUGUGCUGGCAGCCAGCUGCUCAGCUGGCUUAUUGAAUCAGUUUAUUUCCACUAUAACAGCCAAGUAUUACUCCCAAAUGUCGACCAAGGAGAGUUAUCGAUUCGAAGUGAAGGAGCCAAAUGGCAACUCGCGCGAGGAAGUCGGAAUUAUAAUGAAUCCAGGCACACCCGACGAACAGUUGGUUGUGAUGGGCAGCUAUUCCACAUACGAUGAGAAAACUGAUACGGAAACUAUUACCAUAUACACAGCCGAUAAGGGCGGCUACAAACCACACUUUGAACAAAGAAAGCGCGGCUUGAUGAGAAGGACUCUCAAAUCUCUCGCAAAUGGCUAAGAGUUUAGUAUGUGGGUUGAAUUUACAAAUGUGAUGCAUUUGAAAUGAUCUUUUUUAUUUCAUUUGAAUACUUUUGUGUAAAAAUAAAUUAUAUUUGAGGUUGAAACAUUUAUCAAAUAAUACACAUUUGGAGUCUCAGCCCUGGCCUAAAUUUUGACACAUUUCGUCAUGUGAACAUUAAUUUUCACUUCAAAGCGAAUUCUGGUGUGGAUACUUCGCAGACGUGAUUAUGAAUAACUUGGAUGCACAAUAGUUUCGAUAUUUCAAACUCAUUUUAUUUAUCCAUGGCGAUCUGUUGACAUUUACAUGUGUGAAAUCAACUCAAUGGUGCAAAGAUGACAUUUUCGGAUAAUUUUGCAUUAUUUAUUGUAUCACCCACGUUGAGAGCAUGUCCAAAAUCUCGCCGACCCUGGAUUCGCUAGAGUCCGCAAGACUAAAGCUAUAUAAAGCAAAAAAGCGCACCUAUUGGUUAGGGAUUUGCAUAGAGAUAUUUCAGUAGCA